AUGACUCCCUCCGUGGCACAGGCACACCCAGCCACGGCCGAUAUACCAAACGAGAACGUGGAAAAGACCAAGACGAUGUCUAGUUCUGACCAUAUGCCCACGCUGACCUCUCCCGCGACGGCCGAUGCAGCACCGCUCCAAAAUGGCCACCUUAACGGGGACGAGACGGCGUACAAGAUCCGGGAGACCCCCAUGGGGACACGACGCAAGCUGAAAAUCAUCUUCAUGGGCAUGGGGUGCAGCGGGAUCAACUUUGCCCAUCAGCUCUCGCAGCGCAUGACGGACGUCGAACUGGUCAUCUACGAGAAGAACAACGACAUCGGCGGCACCUGGCUGGAAAACCGGUACCCCGGGUGCGCGUGCGACAUCCCCAGCGUCUGCUACCAGUACAGCUGGGCCAAGUCGCCCGACUGGGAGCGGUAUUACUCUGGCUCCAAGCAGAUCUACCAGUACUUCCGCAAGAUCGCCGAGGACUACGACGUGCUCAAGUACGCGCGGCUCAACCACAAGGUCGUGCACGCCGAGUGGCUCGCGGGCCCAGGGAGGUGGAAGGUGACAGUGAUGCGCAACGAGGACCCCGCCGACGUCGUGGUCGACUACGCCGACUUCUUCAUCCACGGGGGCGGCGUUCUCAACAACUGGAAAUGGCCCCAGAUCAAGGGUCUGCACGAUUUCCAGGGCCCGCUCCUGCACACGGCGCGCUGGGACGACCAGGCCGACCUGCAAGGCAAACGGGUCCUGAUCAUCGGGGCCGGCAGCUCCAGCGUCCAGGUGGUGCCGACCAUCAUCGACAAAGUCGACCAGCUGUACGUAGUGGCCAGGUCGCCCAUCUGGGUCACGGCGGGGUUCGCGCCCACGUACGCCGGGCCCAACGGCGAGAACUUUGCCUACUCCAAGGAGACGCAUCAGCGGUUCCGAGACGACCCCGAGUUCUACCUGGCGUACUGCAAGGCGAUCGAGUCGGAGCUGAACAUCCGGUUCAAGUUCUACAUCAACGGGUCGGCGGACGCCAAAGAGGCCCGCGAGUAUUCGAUCGGGGAGAUGCAGCGGAAACUGGCCAAGAAGCCCGAGCUGAUGGACAAGUUGAUCCCGCAAAAUUUCGGCGUCGGGUGUCGCCGGCCCACGCCGGGCAACGGGUUCCUCGAGGCGCUGACGCUGGACAAGACGACCGUGUUGACCGAGGAGAUCCGCGAGGUGACGAGCCACGGCUUCGUCGACGGACAGGGCCGGGCGCACGAGGUCGACGUGGUGAUUUGCGCGACGGGGUUCGACACGAGUUUCCGGCCGACGUUCCCCAUCAUGGUCGACGGGGCCAACGUCCAGGACGAGUUCCCCAAGGGUGGCGGCGACGUGGUCGGGUACCUGGGCCUCGCGGCGCCAGAGGUGCCCAACCACUUCAUCUUCAUCGGGGCGUACGGCCCGCUGGGCCACGGGUCCAUCAUCCCCAUGGUGGAGGCCUACACCAACUACGUGAUCCAAGUCCUGUCCAAGGUCCAGGUCGAGGACGUCAAGAGCGUGCGGGUCAACCGCCGCGUCGCCGAGGCCUUCACCCGCCACGCGGACCUGUACCUGCAGCGGACGGCGUGGUCGGGCCCCUGCAGCUCGUGGUUCAAGAACGGCAACCCGGCCAACAAGCCCCUGUGCUGGCCCGGCUCGCGCGUCCACUACCUCACCGUCCUGCAGACCCCGCGCUGGGAGGACUUUGACCUCGACUACCUCUCGUCCAACCGCUUCAAUUUUCUCGGCAACGGCUUCGACACCCGCGAGUUCGACGGCCGCGAUCUCACCUGGUACUAUGGCCUGUUGGACGGCAAGGACAGGCAGCCCCAGUCGUUUCCGGACCCGGUUUACUGA